AUGAUAUUUGCUGCUGUCUAUAAGCUGCGGAGCCCACAGCUGCCCCCGUCACAAAGCUGGCUUACAAAAUUUAUACGGAAUGAGCUUAAGGAAUAUCACUUUAUUACUACGAAGCCAAUUGCGCAGCAGCGUACGAAGGCUCAAGAUGAGCCUACAGUUCUAAAGUGGUUUCAAGAGUACGGCUGGUUUAUACUAGAGCGUGGUAUAAAACCAGAGUCAAUCUGGAAUAUGGAUGAAACUGGCUUUCGGGUUGGGAUUCUAGGUGGAGAGCGUGUGAUUGUGCCACGAGCCACAAGGAGCUCUACACUCCAAGCCCUGAAAAUCAAGGGGGUAGCAGCUAUUAGGAAAGCUGGCCUCCCAAUUCCUCCAGAGUUUGAGGACCUAAUUCCUGACCCGGAAGCCCUCCAAACUGAGGGCGAGGGCGAGGGCGAGAGUGAGAGAGGGUAG